GGAGGGGAAACCCCGUGCGAGGGGCGCCGCCAUCUUGGAUAAGGGGGGUGAUGGGGGCGCAGUGGAGCCAGCGGAGCCGAGCCUGAGGGAGCCCCGGAGAGAGGCGGAGACCAGGCCCGGCCCUUGCCCAGUCUGAAGCAGAGCGCUACAGUGCCCGCAGGGUGGACCGGGCUGCCGCCGACAGAGCCACGCUGCACAGCCACUCGCUCCCCGAGCCCAGUGCCACAAUGGCAACCGCACCUUACAACUAUUCCUACAUCUUUAAGUACAUCAUUAUUGGGGACAUGGGUGUAGGAAAGUCCUGUUUGCUUCAUCAAUUUACAGAAAAGAAGUUUAUGGCGGACUGUCCCCACACAAUUGGUGUUGAAUUUGGCACAAGAAUAAUUGAAGUUAGUGGCCAAAAAAUUAAACUACAGAUUUGGGAUACAGCAGGACAAGAGAGAUUCAGAGCUGUCACACGAAGCUACUACAGAGGAGCAGCAGGAGCUCUCAUGGUCUAUGACAUUACCAGAAGAAGCACAUAUAAUCACUUAAGCAGCUGGCUGACAGAUGCAAGGAACCUCACCAAUCCAAAUACUGUGAUAAUCCUCAUAGGAAAUAAAGCAGACCUGGAAGCACAGAGGGAUGUUACAUAUGAAGAAGCCAAACAAUUUGCUGAAGAAAAUGGUUUAUUGUUCCUUGAAGCAAGUGCAAAAACCGGAGAGAACGUGGAGGAUGCAUUCCUGGAGGCUGCCAAGAAAAUCUACCAGAACAUCCAAGACGGAAGCCUGGAUCUGAAUGCUGCAGAAUCUGGUGUACAGCACAAACCAUCGGCUCCGCAGGGGGGGCGACUAACCAGCGAACCCCAGCCCCAGAGAGAAGGCUGUGGCUGCUAGUGACCUCUGUUUCGUGGCUCCAUUUCUGACCUUUCACCUCUGUCUGUUGGAAGCAGUGCUUUUGACCGCUUCCCUGUCUUCUGUACAUCUUACUGGGUUUAAUUAAAACUCUGAGACAAGUUUAACACAGUACUAAACUGCUAAACGACUUUAGAUGUAAUCAGGUUAUCAAAGGCAAGUAGAGUAAUAAAACCUCUCCUGCAUGGUAAAUCUAGAAGUUUUUUUUCCUUGAUUGUCCUUGUGAUAGUGUCACCGAUCCAUAAUUUAAACUGAGCACUGAUGCUGGACUCAUGAUUUUACACUUUCGCAGGGCUUUGUCUUGUACGGUUUAAUUUGAUGGUUCUUUGGCCUUUCUUCCCCACCUCUAACUGUUUAGAGCUGUCCGUAGUAAAGGAUGAGUUUUUGCUGUGAAAUGACUUCCGACGGUAGCGAGGGGCUCUGUAACAAUGUGCUUUUGUUGAAAGAAUUCCCUGUGGUGUGUGUAUUGGGGGUCAGGGUGGGCUGGUGCAGGAGUGUACAACUUGCACAGGGAAACAAUCCAUUCAUUCUCGUGCUCAUAGCUUUACGUCAUUUUUUUGCCACUUUUAUCCUUUGCAUUUGUUAACAGAACGUAAAUAUGUAUAAAAUUUGAAGGAACUGAGCUAACAGUUAAAUACAUCCUGUGUAUAUGAUUUUAAUGAAGAAAAUGAUUACUGGCAUUAGAACAGUAUAUAAGAAAAUAUCGGUUUGUACAGUAUGACCUAUAUGUGACCACGUUGCCCCGUUAGUGCAGAAAUCGGUGUAACUGCAGCUCACUAACACAGGCUUAACCCCUGGUGUCGGCAGUGGAUGUUGCGCUGGGGGAGCUCCCAUCCUGAUGCAGAAAUUAACACUAGUGGAAUCUCAUCUUUGCACUGUGGUAUAUCUAUGCCAUUUUAUUAAUCCCGUUCUGUGCAAUCAGCAGUGUGCUAACCUGCUUCUCUCUUCUGUAAGCGUUUUGCAUUAUUGGGCUUCAUCACCUGCCUUGCAUUGUAUACGAAGGCUGGUUCUCUUGCACAUCUUACGCUUUUAUACCUUUACCUUUUUGAAUGGUCAGAGACUGAACUGGACAGUCAGAACAACAAGUGUGCUCUCUAGGGAUUUUUAACUACUGUUGUAUUUUGUAAGUGUCCCAUGUGAGGGGUUUCUUAAGACUUGGGCUCUUUCGUCAGGCCUUUGAGUACCUCCUUCGUGGGGUGACACAGCCUGUACUGCUUGUGCGAAGGGGAGGUGUCACACGGUGAGCGUGCAUGUUGCUGGGCUUUGCUUGGGGGAAAUCCACCACAUACAGUUUAAAAUCGGAAGGGGUAAGUGCUUAACCACGAUCAAAUGUCUGACUUCAGUCUUACUGCAGCCUUUGAAAUACAAAGUAGUCUUAAAAUCCCUCUCUAGACACUAAAACUAUACAAUGUUCAGACUUGUAAGUAAACAGUGGUACCAGAGUAUUGUACAGUCAAUGUUAAAUAAAAGCCAAAACUGGAAUGUGCAGACAAUAGGAUUUGGGUAACUUGUGCACUGUCCCUUUGUUUUGUCUGGUUAGUCCUUUUUUUUUUAACUAAUAUUCUUAAGUAGAUGGGUAUGUUCAAGAUCUACAGCUAAUGCAUCCUGCUUAAACUGAGGUUGCACCGCAAAGGGUUUGCCCAGGGACCACGACCUGCUGCUGAUGUGAAGUACACAUUCUGAUGACUACAGCUUGUUGAGGUGCAAUACCUGUACUCCCAGAGUAAGUUACAGUGGGUCUUAUUGUUUCUGUCACAGAAAGGAUUUGUUUGGACUGCUGUACUCCUCAUUUGAUGUAACAAUGCUAUUAAUCUAAAUAUUUGUAAAUAAAGUACCUGUAUCUAGAUAAA